CGUCUCUUUGUUUUAAUAACUUUAUAAAAUUCCAAGAAAGUUCCCUCAGGCACUGGCAAAAAUCAAUUAAACGAUUCACGAUUUCACGUACGCCUCUUCAGUCUUCACUCUUCUGGUUCAUAUUCCAUCGGCUCUCCAAUCUCCAAUUCUCCAUCCACGAUUAUAUAUUUGAGUAAUUGCAGUGCAGAUUAUGGUUGCUCUGAUGCUCUCUACUCUCUAGUAUCGUCUCUACCAUCUCUUCAAUCCGCUACAUUAUCAAUUAAAACCGAUUUCGAGCAACCAAGAACAGUAGAACACAUCGACUUGGCUCUUCAGAACAUAGCGAGUUGCUGAUUUCUUCAUCACAACUAUCUUGGUGAUUUCUUCUGUUUUUCAUCGAUCAUCACGUUAUGAAGAAGGCAAAGCUUGAUUCAACAACAGAACCUGCUGUAGUUGUGGCUCCCCAGGAUGUUGACCUCGAAGAAGAUGACAUUAGUGUGGUUGAUGUAUAUGUUAAAAUAGAAGGUGCUCUUCGUAGUAAUGGAGAUUAUUUUCAUAUUCGUUGUUGUGCUCAUGUGCUAAAUUUGGUUGUGCAAGAUGGUUUGAAAGCUAUUGAUGAAGGGAUCGUUAAAGUACGAGAGUCUAUCAAGUAUGUGAAGGGUUCUCAAGCAAGGAGAAAGAAAUUUAUUGAUUGUGUGAAAUAUGUCAAUUUGAAUCCAAAAACAGGUUUGCGUCAAGAUGUUCCUACCCGAUGGAAUGCCACUUAUCUUAUGAUUAAAAGUGCUUUAUUUUAUCGACAUGCUUUCUUUCAUUUAGCACUUAGUGACUCUAAUUAUUUGGAUUGCCCAAGUCAUGAUGAAUGGGGUAAAUUAGAAAAGAUUUUUAGAUUCUUGGAGGUUUUUUAUGAAGUUACGUGCAUCUUUUCUGGAAACAAAUACUCCACAUCAAACUUGUAUUUUCCUUUUGUUUCUAUGGUUGAAAAAAUUUUAAAAGAAGAAAUGGUAAGCUCAGAUAAGUUUAUGAAGGAAAUGGCUUCCAAAAUGUAUGAGAAGUUUUCAAAGUAUUGGUCCGAGUACAGUGUGAUUUUGGCGAUGGCUGCAGUUUUGGAUCCGUGUUAUAAAAUACAGUACAUUGAGUUCAUUUAUAAAAAAAACUAUACGGAAGCAAAUAUUGGUGAUUCAAGAAAGGUUGUGCAGGAAAAGAAGAGUGGCACGGUGCUUAGUAAAAGCACGAGAGACAUGUUAAAGAAGUUCACGGCUUAUGAGAGUAUAGAGUUUGCUUUGUCUCAAAAGUCACGGUUGGAGAUGUACUUAGAUGAGCCAAGAAGUGACAUAGAUGAGGAUUUAGAUGUUCUAUCUUUUUGGAAAGCACAUCAAUAUCGUUAUCCGGAGCUUGCUUCUAUGGCUCGAGAUAUUUUAAGCAUCCCGGUCUCCACUAUAGCAUCCAAAUCUGCCUUUAGUAAUGGUGGUCGUGUUCUUAAUCAAUAUCGAAGUUCUUUGAAGCAUGACAUUGUUGAGGCUAUAAUUUGCACCAAAUAUUGGUUGUUUGGAACUAAAGGUGAUGAAGAGUUAUCUUUAGAAGAGCUUACCGAUGAUAUCAUGGAAAUGGAUAGCAACGAUAUACAAGACUACAAGAGUAGUGGAAUGCAUUUCUAUUUACAUUUAUAUGGAAAUAUUAUUGAUGGCUCAAUAGCUGACGGUUUUGGGUGGGGAUUUGGUAGGAUUUUGAGUUGUUGGAAAGAUCAUGGUUAUUUAUCAGCAUUUCCUCGUUGA